UGACGUUGGUAGGUUCUAGUGUCAGAGUUCAGUUGCUGCUAGAGUUUAAAUCUACCCUUUGUUUUCUGUUCCGUGGACGGGUUCUCGUUCAGUCCAUUUAAUGAAUAAAUACAGCUUUCGGAAGAAUCUUUAACAGGCUCUUUCUUCACGGUACCAGUCCAGCCAGCACGUGCAGCCAAUCCAACAGCCUUGUUACCAGCAGAUGGCUGGUGUAUUACCCAUCAUGGACAGCCCGAUGGAGGUCAUGGGAGAGGUGGCCGUCCCACAGGAGCUCGCUGCCCUGCAGGAGAGCGUGGCUGGGGCUGUGCCAGUGAAAGCUCCAGCGAAGGGAAAACGAGGCAGAGCUGCCAACAAGGAGCCCAAAGCCAAGGCAGCACCUAAAGCCAAGGCGGCACCUAAAGCCAAGGCAGAGCCCAAGAGCAAACCUGGGCCCAAGCCGAAAAAGGCCAAGGAGGACCCAGGCACAGGUAAGCAGGAGAAGAUUGACGAGGCCUUCAAGAAGGUCAAGAGGAAAGUGGACCGCUUCAAAGGCAUGACUGAGGCGGAGGUCAUGACCAAAACCCUGCCGGAUAUUCUCACCUACAACCUGGAUUUCGUGAUUAUCGGGAUUAAUCCGGGCCUUAUGGCAGCCUACAUUGGACGCUGGUUUCCUGGACCAGGGAAUCAUUUUUGGAAAUGUCUGUUCCUGUCCGGCAUCAGCGAAGUACAACUCAAUCACAUGCAUGAUCAGAUGCUGCCGGAAAAGUAUGGCAUUGGCUUCACCAACAUGGUGGAGAGGACCACACCGGGAAGCAAGGAUCUGUCAAGUAAAGAGCUGCGCGAAGGAGGAAAAAUUCUGGUGCAGAAGUUGCAGAAGUACAAGCCUCUCAUAGCCGUCUUCAACGGAAAAUGUAUUUAUGAAAUGUUCUGCAGGGAGAUCUUUGGGUCUAAGCCAAAGAAGCUUGAGUUUGGCUUACAGCCACUGAAGGUCCCAGAUACUGAAACGCUGCUGUACCUAAUGCCCUCCUCGAGUGCCCGCUGUGCCCAGUUUCCACGUGCCCAGGACAAGGUACACUACUAUAUCAAGCUGAAGGAGCUGCGAGACCAGAUCAAGGGUAUGGCCCGGCCCCAGGAGGUGGAGGAGAUCCAGUACACCUUCGACCUGGGCAUGGCCAAAGAGGAAGCCAAGAAAAUGGCUAUCAAAGAAGAGCAGUACGACCCCGGGUACGAAGUGGCCUUUGGCGGUGCCUAUGGGGAGCCGGGACCUGAGGGGGUGCCACUCAACGGCCACUGCAGCUUCGCAGGCCCCGGGGAGGGAGACUCCAACCCCGAGGGUUCAAUUUCUCCCCCAGCGGUGGGUCAGGUCCCCGAUGGCCGGUGGAUGACACAGUCAUUCACAGAUCAGAUUCCAGACAUCGGGUCCAAUGGCAGCACAUAGCCCUGCCCUGUGGGUGGAGCCUGCAUGGAAGUGGGUGGGGCCUGUCAGGAUGUCAGUUUGGAUACUGCACUUUUAAUGCAGUGACUUCAUGAACUGCCCGGUUCUUCUGUCUGCUAGUGGUGAUUGGCUAUCCAUGGGCUCAUCUGAAAUGCUAAAAUACCUGAUGACCAACAGGCAUGUUUCCCUAAACCUUCCCCCUGUUCAUCUAUUUUUAUCCUAUUGGUCUACACUGUUUAGGAAGUAGAUUGUAUUCUUACAUUUUAAAUUCAUAGUUUUUUUUUAUUUUUAUUUUUUUUAGAGGGGAUAGAACAUUUUUCGCAAGGUGCUAUUUCAUUCACGUUGCAAUUUCACUGCUGACAGAAUUCCUUUUAAGGUUAUUUUUCAUACCAGAAUUGAUCAGGGAUUUACAGUAAUGUGUGAUACUCAGCUUUUAUAAUACAAUAUCAUUACAUAAUUCUGUAUGUAAAUGGUUUCUUUUGGUAUCUUUGGUACGUGUACUGCAGCAGUGCAGUAACGUUUAGCUGGCUUUUCCGUUUAAUGCUCUCGUAUCCUCCACCUGGUUGUGAUGCCUGUGUGGUGGGGAAACGGGAAUCUCGUUCUGUCUGCCGGGACAGAAAUGGCCCCACACCUCAAAGAGCACAAGGAUGUCACACUGCAGUGCAGUUCGUCUAACUUGGAAGUUUUGCGUAUUCCUUAAUUUAUGUUGUGGUAUUUCUGCGAUGUCCACAAGUGUUUCCUUAACUGUUACAGUUGUGUUAAUUCACAGUUUCUGACAGGAAGAGGCAGCCCUUCCUUAUGUGCACAGUACCUGAAUCCACGAGACAUAAAAAUGGAUGGAAAAAUGCAGUGCCUUUCGAAACGGGGGUUUUUAAAAUGAGCAUGGCAUUAACCAAGUUCCUGUUCCGUGUGCUAACAGUAAGGGGGAGCACUGCAUGCUACAGUGUGCAUCUGACUGUACGCAGGCUCUGCCCUCACUGCAAUUUAGUAAGAACACCUAAAUUAGCCUUCUUACGGCCUGAGAUGCACUGUUUUGCCGUCUUUCCUCCCUCAACAUUUUAUCUGUAUUUCAUGCUAGGUGAAGACAUUUUUUGUGUAAAAACUGAGCAUUCUGUGGGUUUUGGCAUUUUUAAAUUUUAAAGAUUUUUUUUUAUAAUAUGGGGUCCGUGUAAAUGAAUUAUGGUUCAUAAGGAAAGCAUGACCAAAUGUUUUAAGCAGUUUGAGUGAUAUCCGUAACCCGGCAGACGCAGGACACAGGGAGGUGGGAUGGAUGUGGCUGAGGGCAGCGGAUCGGCAGGUCAUGUUUUUAAGGCAUUUCAACUGGAAGUUUUAAGGUCAUGCUGAGAUCUGAUUAUAGCAGAACAAUGUAGAUGUAAAGCACUGGCCUCGUAGCCCUUUUGUAUGUUUAUUUUUAAGCGCUUUUGUGUUCAGGUAUUUGUUUCUGAGGUUAGACAGAGUACCAGCCCUAUGGCAGUGGGGAUGCCAGUUCAUCUUGCCACCAGUUGUUACAAUGGGGACUUCCUGUGUGCCGAAUUUGAAAAUGGUGCUUGGAAUUAAAAUGGCAGCUGUCGUGUGUUUGUGUACAUCAUGAGCAGAGUGAUGUAAUGUAUAAAACACUUUCUCAAAAACUAGGAACAAUAAUAAACUUUUGGAAAUAUA